AUGGCUUCGUGUCCAUAUAGCACAGACUGUUCAUGGCUUUCUGAUAAUUCACACCAUAAAACCCCUCUCCCUCGCUCUCUCUCUCUCUCUCUCUCUCUCUCCUCUCUCUCUCUCUCUCUCUCACGGCGGCUUGGGUUUAAUUGCUUGAGAAGGGUGGUGGGGCAGACUUGCUUCUCUUCUUGCAUGACAGACUGCAAUUCCUCGCUUCGUGUUGUUCUUUUUCCUUUGACCCGGACUCUUGGCCUCAGUUACCAUGUCCAGUUGUUCGACAGACCCCAUCAGCAUCUGUUUGAAACGCCCAGCGUCUUCGUGGGCUCGAAGGAGAUAACCAAGAACCUCGAACUUUUGAGAACCAGGUUUAAGUUUGGCCAGAACAUUCAUCCACGUCUGAACGGCUUCGUUGCAACGAUGCUGCUCGUACGAGCGAAGUCCUUUACGAAUUUCGUAGUCUUUGCUUCUUUCUCUUUAAUACUUUGUACCUGUGUAUAUAUUUUAAUACCCUUUGCUUCUCCUCACUCUCUCUUUCUCUUUACUAAUUUGUGUCUAUCUUUUCUUUCUAUGUUUCCCCGUGCUAUGCUUCUCUCUCUCUCUCUCUUUCUCUCUCUCUUUCUCUGCUAUUUAGUUAAGCCUUCCACGGUCGCUCUGGGAGACUGGGUUCCUACAAAAGCUAGUGUCGAAUGCACUGUUGGGACAUUGGCUGUCGCACUCUCCUGCUGUAGCUGCUCUGGAGUUGGACAGAACAAAGAGGAGAGAGGAAAUCCCCAGUAA